UUAAAAUUAAAAAAAUCUCCUGUCUUCUGGAACCUUCCAACUACCGGCCCAGCACGAAACGAAUCAAUCGCGAAGCCUCCCCCUCCCCUACUCCUCUCCUCUGGGCGCCUCUCCGGCAGCCGCGCGGCGGCUUGGAUCGCAUCCCGUCGGAGCCACCAUGGCUGGGAAGCUUAUCGCAAACCUGAUUGUCAUGGGCUCUACGAUUAUAGGAAGAGCGAUGCUUCAGGCUUACCGUAAAGCACUUGAUAAUGCAAAUAAAACUGGUGUGGCCCAUGAAGCAAUAAAUAAUAUUCGUAGAGCCAGCAAAACAAUGACUGAGCAAGAAGCAAGGCAGAUACUGGGCGUAUCUGAGCAGUCAACAUGGGAAGAGAUUGUACAGCGGUAUGAUAACUUAUUCGAGAGAAACGCUAAAUCUGGGAGCUUCUACAUCCAAUCCAAGGUUCACCGCGCCAAGGAGUGCCUAGAAACUGUGUACCAAAAGAAUAAGCAGGACGGAACUCCUCCUUGACAUUCCGCCCCUUUGAAUCAGCUGCUCAGAAAUAUAACCUGUAUUCUUUCCCCUCAUAAGACAAAAUGUACAUACCGACGACGGUCGCUGCUGUUUUAUCAUUACAGUAAAGGUUUGAGUGCAGCGACCGCGGACCUGUAGAGAACUGAUCAGCAAGGCUUCAAUGUAGACUGGCACAGUGCCUAGGCAGCUGGCACAACUUUGUUCUUUUGGUCCAAUGAUCCACGAAACAACAUUCUUGUACUUUGGUCU